AGUUAGCCGCCAGAUGCGUCAUUAGGCUACUCGUCUCAAACUCUGCCCAUUAUUUAACCAAAGAGAGUUGAAUCAUCAAAGAUAACUCCUGAAAGCUAUACAAGGAGUAGAUAGCACCAUCCCCAUCCUCUCGCGCUCACGGCGGCCGGCCUGCCGGGUCCCCAAAUGGAGAGCAAGGACCUGUGCACCGUCGAGAGGCGCGGCCGCGUGCACCUCGUCACCAUCACCGGCGCCGGCGACCACCGCCUCAACCCGGCCCUCCUCGCCGCCCUCCGCUCCGCCGUCGCCUCCUCCGCGGGCGCCGGCGCGCUCGUCCUAGCCGCCGAGGGCAAGUACUUCUCCAACGGCUUCGACCAGGCGUGGGCGCGCGCGGCGCCGCGCCACCUCCACGCCACCAUGGACGGCGGCUUCCGCGCGCUGGUCGCCGACCUCCUCGCGCUGCCCGUGCCCACGGUCGCCGCCGUCACCGGCCACGCCGCGGCGGCCGGGUGCGCGCUGGCCCUCGCGCACGACGCCGUCGUCAUGCGCGGGGCCCGCGGGUUCCUCUACAUGAGCGAGGUCGACGCCGGGAUCAAGAUCGUCGAUUUCUUCGCGGAGCUGCUCCGGGAGAAGGUCCCCGACGCCGCGGCGAGGAGGGACCUGCUGCUGCGCGGGGACAAGAUGACGGCGGCCGAGGCCGCGCGCCGGGGCAUCGUGGACGCGGCAGUGGACGGUGGGGUGGAGGACGUGGUGGCCGCCGCCGUCGCGGAGGCCGAGCGGCUCGCUGCGAGGGGUUGGGACGGGGAGGUCCUUGCCGAGAUCAGGAAGGCCGCGUGGCCCAAGGUGUGGAGCAAGGUCAAGGACCACGGCGCCGGGCCGGCGCGGCCGCGGCUCUAGGCGCGCGCUGGUACGGUCGGCGGCUGCGCUGGUUGUACUAGUGUACAACUAGAACAUGUAGCUAGGUGAAUAAAUCUAGAUGGAUGUAUCCUGCUUGCUGCCUAUGCUUAGGAAGGAGAUGAUCAAAUUGAACUGCUCUAGUGAUGCUUCCGAUUAAGAGUGUUCAUGCCAACAAGAGCUCUUGCUGUGUGUAGCAUCGAUAACUGAAUCGCCAAGCAUCAUUUGGAUUCUUGAACA